AUGUGCCAAGUAGCCAUUGGAGUUCACCAACGGCUGUGUCCGCUACCCUCUUCUACGACUUAUCAAGGGUUGGGAGCCCUGAUCGAUAUCAAUGAAAGGAAUCCCAAAUUACCAAUCACUGGGGUUCGACACGAAGGAUAUUAUCGCACAACCGCCGAACAGUCCUACCUGGCUGCGCAAUGUGCCAAUGUUCUGGUGCCCCGCGAGCCAGGCGAUGCCCACGUUCGUAACCCGGCUGGUACUUCUCCAGACGGCACGUUCUCAACAGUUGGAGGCACAGUCUUUCCGGCCUUCCAUCGUCCCAUCUCACGUAUCGGCGCGCUAACCAAACCCCCUUAUUUUCACGGCCCUAGGAUUGUGUCUUUGCCAGGGAUGAAGCGACAGGACCUGACACGUCCGGUCUCAGGUUCUGAGCGGGUGGACGGGGAGCAUUAGGUGGCAGUACACUGGAUUUCAUCUCUCUAGUAACGACCAAGGGGGGCUUGGUCACAAGUUCAGCCGUUGCUAGAUCAGAUCAGGGCGUGAGAGAAACUGCACGACGCAAACGUUUGAUUGAGAUGAUGCAAAUCUCUUUGUUCUUGUCGACGGCAUGGGAAGGUAGUCGACGGCCGAACAGUGAGUUAGAAGAAGUUCCGCGGAAGCCCCAGCUUUCUCAGAGCGAUUGACGGCUGUCGACUCUGGGUAUGUGUCACCGAAGCGCCGUUGUUCAUUUGACAAUGGACCAGACGGACGGAGUGAGGACCAAGAAGAGAAGAGGGGAAUCAAUCCCCAUUCGAUCCUGAAUACAAUCCCU